GAAAAUUCAAAAAAUUUGCCGUUUGAGAGAAAGUUGUCAUCUGUCUUCUCCGACGAUUUUUUCUGAAUUUCUGGUGAGGUUUCUAGUGUUUCUGUUCAUCAUCUUCCGUUUCUUUGACAUUUUUGAUGGCUGAACCAUCGAAUCCACACAAUGUGGAGGGUGAAAACCCUGAACAGCCGAUAGUGGCUGAGGAAGAAGACGAGGAUGAUGAUGUUAAUGUUCCCGGUGGUGGGUUACCGGUGUUAAAGUGGACAAAAGGUAGUUUUAAAACCCUGAUGGCCACUGUUCAGAUGGCCAAAGACUGGAAUGCUACCUACCCACAAGUGGGGGACACCGGUGCCGAUGCUCCGGCCGGUUAUAUAACCUUGUGGGCGGAUUUUUUCACCCACGGUAACCUUAGGUUGCCGGUGACGGUGUUUGUGGCGGAGGUAUUGGAGUAUUAUCACCUCCAUAUCUCCCAGCUUAGUCCUUUCGGAAUGUUCCGAAUUCGGAAUUUUGAGUACACAUUCCGUGCCUAUGGCCUGCCCAUUUCAGUGGAGAACUUCCGGCGUUUCUACCAGUUGACGGUGAACACCGGUUUUUUCUCGUUCACUCAAAGGCAUGGGAGUCUGAAGUUGAUGACACCCCCUAAGGGUGUGACAGGCUGGAAGAAGAGGUUCUUCUACGUGAAAGCCUGUGCGGUCUAUGCUAACAUGUCUUUCAGGAACGUCGAUGUUGGAGUUUCCGAUGAAGAUAUUCCUGUUGCUUCCGCAGAGACCGCGGACUGGUUCUCUAGGCUGCGGCCUAUUGAACUCAAGAAGUUGGAUAAUGACCAACUAUGGAUAUUGCGGAUGAUGCUCUCUAGACCGGAUAGGAAGGAAAGACCCGUGUUGCGGGAACAGGGUGGUGCGGAUGCGGUUGGCUUGUGGAGGAUGUUUGAGCCUGAUUUCAAGGGCCAGGUUGAACUGAUCGCGGUUGAGUUGAAGAAAGGUUUCAACCUUGAAAUUCUGAAGAACUUCCGCGUACCAUCAAAAGCGGUGCUGGAAGCCCCGGUUCCGGGAGACGCAAGAGGUACGUCUUACGCGGCAUUAGUUUUUUCAGUGUUCUUGCGGAUUUGGGGAAGUUUGAGAAACGCGUCCCCAAAAAGACUGUGGAGAAGAAAACGGUAA